CGGUGUAUAAUAGAUCAUAUUGAUGGGUCAUGAGGUGGGUCAAGUACCUUAAUUGUAUCGGACUACUGUAAAGUGAAAAUCCUGAAUAGUAUAUAUGUUAUCAGAAAAUGUCGAGUCAAGUAGAAUGGACGGUCCAAGAGGAGUAAAAGAUGUUUAAGGUAGUUCUCCUAGGGGAGGCAGGUGUAGGUAAAUCUUCCAUUUUCUUACGCCUGAAAGAAAAUGUGUUUGGAGAAUCUCUUCAACCAACAGUGGGAAUAGAAAGUUGCUCAAAAGUCGUGAAAAUCGAUGGCCAAAACAUUACUUUUUCAAUCUGGGAUACUGCGGGGGCGGAGAGAUUCAAAACCAUCACCAGGAACUACUACCGCAACACGCACGCAGUGCUGUUGGUCUACAGCUGUGACGACCCUUCGUCUCUACACUAUCUCGCACAGUGGGCAGAGGACUGUUCACAAUAUGCUCCAAAUGCAUUAAAGUUUCUGAUUGGCAAUAAGUCAGAUCUAGAAAAUCUGAUUCCUUCCGAGAGCGUAGACAACUUCUCUGCAGCAUUUGAAUGCGAGUACACUUACUUAUUUAGUGCCAAAACGGGUAACGGUGUAGAAGAAAGUUUUGAAAGAAUUGGCGAGCGAUUGAUGGAUGUUUUCAAUACCCCCCUCAUCAUAGAAUCUCAGUACAAUGACACCAUAGAAAUCACACAGUUCCAAUCCUCAAAGCGUAGUUGUUGUCAAAAAUGAGCAUUUCAUUAACGUACAUCCUAUACAUGUAGUCUGUCCCAGGUUAUUGCUUCCAUAAGUUUUUGAUGAUUUUUAAUAAAAAUACACAUACCUGUGAAAGAAAUACAAUUGAAAUCGAUGAAAGGGAAGAUAUACUCAUUGAACAAUUAUCCCUUUUCACUCAUAAAAUUUCACAUGAACGAAAACAAUUUUCUUACGGAGAUUUAUAAUGGGAAAUGUUUACAUCUUUUCUCCAUUCGGAAUACACUUGGAAUACAUUGCGCAAUUUUUUAACGUUAUCAUCCGGGCUUAAUAAUAGCUGUUGCAAUGCAAAAUCUCCGUAGACUUUCAAUUUUGGGAUGUGUAUUGAAAUCUGAAGCGGUAGAGGGGGCGUUUCAAAACAGAUAAUCUGGACAUUUUUCAUAUUAGUUAAUGAACGUAGUUUGAGCACAAAGGUAUUAACUAUUAUUGGAAUAUCAAGCAAAAAGUGGUGGAAGCAAAAACUCGAGACAGAGUAUCGUACAAAUACUUAAACUAUGGUAUAAAUACAUAUACAAAAGUUUGUAAUUUGACUAGCAUUUUUGUCUUUUUAAUAUCAAAUUUAAUGCUAUCAUCUAACUGAAAGGAUGUCACACUUUUGGUUUAUAACAACUCUUGUACAUCACAAUUGGUAUGGUUUAAUUAACUACAUGUGUAUCAGUUCAACUUGUAGACUGACUGUACUUUAAAAAAGAUAAAUAAAAUAAUAUUGGAGACUUUUUUCUUUUUUAAUUCUUAAAAUGAAAAGCAAUACAAUCCACCUUAUUAAUCAUAGAAAACAAUAGAUUUAGUUCUGGGACCAGAUUAACAGACAGCGAUCAGCCAAACCAACUGGUAACGAACCGAGGUCAAGGGCCUCCCUGUCAGCUGAUCUGGCCUAUUGUUGUUGUUGCUGUGUUGCUGCUUGUUGUUGUUGUUGCUUCUAAAGAUGGUUUUAGAAUUAAAUCUGCUGUUCACUUUUAGUGUCUGUGAUGGUAAGUCGCACUUGGAACCAACACCUCCAGCCCCCAGUGUGACUUAUGUGCAGCAAUGUCUCCACACAUAAAUACACAGUUUCUUCAUCAU